CACGCAUUUUGAAAGAUGUCUUCAGGGUGGAGCUCAAUCUUUCUCUGCAGCUUUGUAUUCUUAACUGUGUCAGCCACCACUCAAAUUCAAGUCUUGCAUGUGUUGGAAGGAGAGCCGUUUAGCAUAUCUUGUAAUUUUCCUCUUCCAGGCUUCUGGACAGUGUCCCCGCUGUUAGUAGACACUGAAGGAGAGGGAGAAUGUACAGAGCCACAAAUUCAAACCAUGUUAUUCACAUGCUCUGUUUAUUCUGCAAAACUACAAAACAAUGGGACUUAUAAAGUGCAAAGGUUUGAUAAUCAGUUCCAAACUGUGUGCAUUUUUGACAUUGUUGUGAUCAGCAUUCAUCAAGAGUCCAGUACUGCCCUGAUGACAUCACACUACAUAUCUUCCUCAUUCUCCUCUUCUUCUUUCGCCAUCACUUCAAAAACAACUAUGCUUAUGCCAUUGUCUACCAGCAAUCAAUUAACUAGCAACCUUGGAACAGUCUCCUUGCACACAUCACCAUUAGUUACAGAAACACCUACUGAUAGUCAAUUGCAAGGAACACCAAUUGCUGCCAUUAUAGUACCAGUGAUAGCAGUAGGUUUGCUGCUAUCUGUUUCAUUCAUUGUUUUGUCUGCUGUACUACUGCUCGUGAUGAGAUUUAAAAGGAAAAAAGAACCCAAAAGUGAAGAGGAUAACACUGGGUUUCUUCUUGGAAAAAGGCGCUCUGAUCUGUCUGAAAAAGAUACUAAUUCCGAUAAAUCAAGUGAAAUAAUAUCCUUCACAUCGAUAGUGUUUGAAGAGCUCAUCGAGAAAGAAAAAUUCAGUUUGGUUCAUCAUGCUAGCAUUAAACAAAAGGAAGUUUUAGUUAAGCAACUAAAAGAAAAAAGUGCUGGUCAUGAAGAAUUGAUGCAUGAAAUAAAUCUUCUCAAGAAGCUGAAUGAAAAUGGACACCACCACAUGAACAUUGUGUCAUUCAUAGGUACAACUGAGUCUCCAGAUCCACUCAUUUUAGUCAUGGAGCAUCUGCCACACGGAACAUUAAAGAGAUUACUUGUAUCACUUCUGAAAGGUCCUGUCCCUCACUGGUACUUUGAACACACACUCUCCAGUCAGAAAGGAGCUUACAACAAUAAGCAAAUAUCUUCAGAUCUCUUUGACAUUUUAAUUCAAGUUGCUAAAGGAGCAGAAUAUUUGUCUAAUAAUGGUUUAGUCCAUGGUCAUUUAUCAACUGAUAAUGUCAUUUUGGGUAGAAAACUCAUCGCUAAGCUUGGAAACUUCACAAUUCCACAAUCAGGAGAUUACUUUAUAAAAACUGAGCGUGAGAACCACUUGUUUGACUUUGCUCCUGAAGUUAUUAGCAAUGGAGACCACACAAUGAAAAGUGACAUAUGGUCUUUUGGGAUUCUUACAUACAAAGUGGCCACUUUUGAAACUUUUCAACCAUUUAGCAAGAUUAAGCCAAAUGAACUCCAUUCUCAGUUAAUGGAGGGAACUAGACCACCUCCACUGCCUUGCUUUAGCAAUGAUCUUUAUUGUCAAAUGCAGCAGUGCUGGAAGGCUAAUAAAGAAGAGAGACCGGAUUUCUCUCACGUACUGAGUGUCCUUGAAAUACUAUCCAAAAGCGACCCAUGGACACAUCUUGUGUUUGAAAUAUCAGAGAAAAGAAGAAGCUAUGUUGACGAGAACCAACAUAUAUUUCUUUUCCCAGCCCCCAAUCAAGUUCCCAAUACUAAAAAGAAUACACUAUUAAACAAUGGAAGAAGAAUAUUUGCUAGCAGUCCUCAACUAAUGGGAAUGGAAGACAUGUCUGGCUCAGAGCCAAGUAGUGAAAAUCUUGAUCAGAGAAGUGGUGGAGCCAUAGGAAAAGGAGGAAAAGGGUCAAAGCUACUAGCAAGGAAGAAAUCAACAACUGAUGAUGUGUCACAGCUUCUUGUUUCUCAGAAAAAGCAACCCAACUUUGAUGAACUUGAGAGGGAGCUUUUAGCACAAGGAGGAGGAAAGAUAGACCGCACAAACCCACUGAUUAGUAAUUGAAUUGUAAAUUUUCUACUAUAUUCAUUUAUUUAAUUUGCUUCAAUUUUA